UUUACACUUCUGGUAGGAUUGGCAACAAAGUAAUAAUAUUGGUCUGGCAACGUACUCGAUGCUGCUAAUAUCUUUGACGUUCAAUAUGUUCCUGUUGUGCUACAUUGGCGAUCUACUGAUCGAAAAGAGCACGAACGUUGGAAUGUCAUGUUGCACGAUCGAUUGGUACCGAUUGCCAGUCAAGACCAUUCAAGACCUAAUUCUGAUAAUCGCCGUGUCAAAUAACCCGGUGAAAAUCAGCGCUGGUGGAAUAGUUUGCCUGUCGCUGUCCACAUUCGGAAGUGUUUUAAAGACGUCGUUCGCGUACUUAAAUUUCAUUCGAAAUGCCCUUAUGCAAUAAUAUAAUAAUUACUCUAGUGUUUCCGUUAUUUAUAAAUUUAAUCGAAGAACGA